AUGAGACACCUACAGAAGAAACGUAAGCCAAGGAUUGCCUUCAGAUCCUCAAGGAAGAGCUCUUUGGUGAAAACAAUGCAACAAAAUAGAUCCCAAAAUUCAAAAUGCACCAUCUGUUUAGCAAUGAUCCAAGACCCAACUUACUUGAACCCUUGCAACCACCAAUUCUGCUUCAAAUGUAUUCAGAAGUGGUCCAGAAAGAAAGUUAUAUGUCCAUUGUGUAAGCAGCAUUUCUAUUCAUUCUUUCACACUAUACGGAGAAAAGAUGCCUUAUGCGAAUAUGUCCUGCCUUUGAAUGAUGGCUUUUUUGCUCUUUCUGAAAGCAAUGAAGACUAUGCAUCAGCCUCACCUCUUGACAAUGGAAUUGUGCAUAAUGAAAUUAGUGGAACAUUAACUCAAAGAGAAAAGGAUAUUUAUCAGCUCAUGAGACAGUUUGCAGUUACAGAGAGACCCAAUGAUGUUGAUUUAAUCAGCCUUGGAAAACUUAAAGCCCAAGCAGUAAUUCAGUUUAGGAGAACUCUUUACCAUGCAGGGAUUCUAGUUCAAAAUGCUCCACAUCCAGAUUUCAGUCAAAUACCUUCAACAGAAUAUUUUGGCAGAAAUCCUCAAUGUUUGGACAGACUGAUCCCUUGGCUAAAACGAGAAUUAAAAGUGCUGCUUGGUAACAAAAAAUCAAUGAUUCAUACUUUGCAGAAUCUCAUCCUAAGUAACCUUACUCAUCAUGAUCUGGACAGCAAAGAAUUUGAAGCUACUUUAGAGCCCCACCUGCACCAUUUCACUGGUCAUUUCCUGCACGAGUUCAUUAGUUUUGUUCAAUCCUCAUUAAAUCUGAAGAAGUACGACUGGUGUGCCUUGUAUGAAUGCCCUGCGAUAUUGAAAGAGACUGAUCUUUUAACUUCUUCUCCAUCUUCAGAAAAUGAACAUCUGCAACAUCCUGAAAAAAGUCAGAUGCCCAAACCCAAUGGUAGUUCAGAUUAUGGAAACCUAACAUUCUUGCUUCCUGGUUCAGAGAAAGCUGUUCCUUCCACAUAUGCUACAGCAGAUGAUAAAAAUCAUUCAAUGAAUGAAGAAAAUUAUAUGGAUUUGUCCAACAAAGAUACUGAAAAGGGGAUAGCUACAGCCUAUCAUAUUAUUAAAAAUAUACUGCUUAAGACACACUCAGCGGAAAAAGUACAGGUCCCUGGAUCUCUCUCUCACUCCCACCUAUUUCAAAGACAGAAAGAAAAGGAGGACAUAGUAGAAAUAGAUCCUGUUCGGCUUCUUAGGCCAACUGAUAUGGAAACAGGUAAGCAUUCCUCAAAUGAAUUAGCAUUUGUAGAUGAUGGUACCUUUAACAUUUAUCUCAAAAAUUCUGCUAACACCAUUACAGUGAAGAAAUUGGGCAAAAAAGAUAUAACAAAAUGUCAAUCCUCUGAGGUUCCCAUAAACAAAUUAAAAGAAUAUUCACUGUCUCCCAAAAGAAGGAGUGUACAUAAAAAUAGUGGAUCAAAGGGUAGCAUAGAAUGCAAAUUUGAAGAAGCAUGUUCUCCUUCAAAAGAAAGACAUGGGGGGAGAAAUAAAGCCAAGUAUCUGCAUGAUGAGAAGAAAUUUAGAAACUAUUCCAGAGACAAGAAGCAUAGACAAGAUAAAAGAAAAUCAAAGUCUAAAGAAGUAAGUUUGCUUCACAAGAGCCCUCUGCCUGUAAGAAAAAAAAGCACUGAGGCUAGAGACACUCACAAGUCAAAAUCACAGAACAUUCAUCACAAAAGAAAAACAAAGAACAAAGAUUCUGAACAUCUGGGAAGUGGAAGUUCCAGUGAACCCAACCAGAAUGAUCUUUGCACCAAAGUCCUUUUCUCUGAGCAGAAAAGUAUGAGCGGAUGGAAUGAGCAAUGGAUCAAUGAUCAGGACCUAGAAGAUGGAGGUGGAAAUAUACGAACAGAAUAA